AUGCUGGAGGAGGCGACACCACGCGCGCAACUCCACUUGCAGCGCAUUCUCACCGGCUUGUCGGAUGGCCCAAACGGAGACACUUCAGCAGUGGCGCCGAUGCUGGUGCGAAGCUCCCCACCGCGUCACAUUGUGCCAAAGGGUCGCAUCAACAUGGGGGUGCCACAGAUGAACACUCAAUCACACCGCGUAGACACGCGUGACCGAGCUUCCACGGGGAUUUCAGCUGCGCAUAGUAGCAGCGGUAGCCGUGUUGCAAUGGCCAGGGGGUAUUCGACAUCGCCGCAGUACAAAACCGCUGCGACCUCUCCUCGGGCGAAGGCCUCCCGUGCGUUAGUUGAUAUGCUAGAUUACUCACAGGAUUCAGAUCUGCGACGUCAUUCGCCCUCUCACGAAAUAAGCCCUCAAAGCGUCGCCCAACGACCGCGACGCAUUGUUGGGGUCCCCAGAGGAAAGCUCUCUGUGUUCCAGGACUUCUCAACGAAGGGGACUGAGGCCGAAGAUGCGGCGACACCCGUGCGGUUUUGCGGCUCCACAUUUGACUCAAGGCGUUUGCUGCAGCAGAUUGGAGAAGAAGAGAGAAUCCGACGGCACUUCAUUGAGGAAGUAGCCGCCUCACAUAUUGAAGGGAUGCGGCAAGCCAAGUGCUAUGGAGAAGUCUUGCUUAGACUACUUAAGGAUGCAGCAACCACCCUGACACAAGUCUCUCGGUUUGUACGCACCCCCGCUGAGGAAGUUGUACGGAACCCAGAAUGGCACCUGACGCGUGUCAGAGAUGUCACACAGCAGGAAGCCCCUAUGAACGUGAAGGAUAUGUUAUUUUGCCUGCAGCGCAUACCGGCAACCAUGGCUGCCAACUACGAGCGCCUCAUGUCGGCUGCUCACGGGGUCAGCGAAGUGGAGGAGCCAAUGCCUAUGCUCUCCAUACCUCAGCCGCACCCACCACAGCACUACUUGCAGCAACAACAACAUCAAAACUUGGCAUCUCAUGAAGCAAAUUUGUAUGUCCGCCGACCAUCCUCUCUAUUCUCUUGGUGUGGGGGUAUGCAACCGGUUGUGUCUCGUCCGUGCCAAUCGCUCAGUGGGCCCAUGAGUCCCCAUGGGCCGGGUAUACUUAAUGGGAGUUUUGAGAGUGUCGAUGAAAUGCCUUCCACCUCAACGUUUAUGGCCAACAUGGUAACACGUCACACGGAGCGUGAAGUGGAUGCGGCGUGGGCAGUGGAGGACCUCCAAGAAGAAACUGUCUACUGGCAGGAGGAGGCUCUUCGAGCCAUGUCGGAGGCGGAGAGGUAUCUGCAAAUGGCGUACACAGUACUCGGCUGGCCCCUGUCAGGUCCCCAAAAUGGGGGUGGCGAAUUGGGGCCACGAAGGAUGUCUGUAACUGCGAUGGGGUCGCCUUCGCAGAGGCUAGCCGUGCACUGCGCCUUUGUAGAGUUACUUCAAAAGAUGGAGGAAGGUGGGCGAAGCAAAAUCGAGGCACAAGAAACGCAGGGGUGGUUGGAGCUUCGCUCGAGUAUAUGGAAUACACAUUGUGUAUGCAAUUGCUCAGGUACAAAUGGCGAUGCCGAAGAGGGUUAUCAGCAGCUGGAGAAGGAGAACAAGGAAGAGAAAGCAAGGAAAGGGGACAACAACGGUUGUGUCCAGUCUUCUGAUCGAGUGGGUAACGCUUCACGCCUCUUCAAGCAUUGCUGGACAAAGGGGGUCGCCGAGUCUACCCCAUCAAAGGACAAUUGUGCUGUGUCCGACAGCGAUGAUGAUGACGAGCUCCCGGAGACGGCGCUUCGGCGUCUGCGCCUUGCGCAGCAUCGCAUCGAGGAGUUGGAGGCAGCAAACUCAUCCCUCCGUGCUUCACUGUUGGAAAGAAUCUCGUCAUGA